UAAACUUUGUAUCUUGAGAAAGUUGUAUCGAAGUUCUCAGCCAUGGAACAGCUUGAAAAGCUGCAAUACCAGGCGCUUUUGGUCAAAAAGUCGCAACAAGUGGAAAGAUCUUCAUCUCUCCGGAUUGAGAGACCUACAUCUUUAGCAGUUCGACCAAAGAUAAAACGAAGGAACAGUUUACCAAGUCCUACUGUAAUCGAGUCAAUUGUUCGGUCACCGAGUUUGGAAAGAGUAAGAUCCUUUAGUUUAACACGAGAUGGACUGAAAAACUGUGGGGACAAAUUCAGACCACACAGUUUAUCUAGCGUUUCAACCAGUGAGGGAUACGAAUCAUGUUCUACUGGAGCAACGUCAUCCAUGGAAAGCAUCUGUCUGAAACAACAGCUAAGGGUGGCCAUUAUUGGGUCCAAAGGCGUCGGGAAAAAAUCUCUCAAAAAUCAAUUUUCAACUUCAGAAGAACUCUACAUUAACAAUCGUGAUGUGAAAGAUCAAGAUGAGAUCUGCGUUCUGAUGGAUGACGAAGAGUCAUAUGUGAUGUUUGUUGAUGAAACAGAGUUAGCGAAUCAAGCAGAAAAUGAGUUGGUGGAUUCCAUUGUGGUGGUUUUCUCCGUUGUUGAUGCCAGAUCCUUUAAAAACGGAACAAGAAAAAUAGAAAUGAUACGACAGGAAAUUGGAUUCGACAAACCAUUGUUCUUUGUUGCAAAUAAAGUCGACCUGGCAAGGCAGAGAGCUAUUACAGAAAAAGACGCCAAAAAAGUAGCGACCAGAUAUAAUUGCAAAUACAUUGAAACAUCUGUGGCUUUGAACCACAAUAUGGAUCAACUUUUGGCGGGAAUAAUACGUCAGGUUCGCAGCAGACGUCACAGCUACACUUACAACACAGACGGAGAUAUGACGAAAGACCCUAAAACAGCAUCCAUGUUUACGAAAAUACUUCUACAAAAACUGAUGAAAAUCGGACACCACGAACUUUCGUGCACCAAGUUAUUUGAUGUGUGAAAUAAAUGAUAGGAUAAUUGUUCCCAGCAAAGCAUAUAGACGUAGUUUAUACAUAUCAUUGAUGAAUGCUUGGUUGUUAUGACUAUGGUUUGAAUGUAUGUACAGUAUGUACUAGAAUAACAGAGAUCGGCACAAACUGACAUGUUAAAGGUGAAAGAUUAUGCUCUGAGUCACGAUAAGAAUGUUUGGAUGAUCUUCGUGUGUUUGAUGGGAUUCUGACGGGAGGAAUCCUGAUCAAUUCUGUUUUAUCUUUUUUAUACUGAUUGUAUCUAUCUUGUUCCAUUUUUGUUUUCUUUUUUUACCUUUAUAAUAAAAAUAUUUUAAAAAAUUUCA